AUGUUGACCAGUAAAGGAAAAGUCUUACAAAUUAAAGAGUAUCAGAAUGAUGCCUGUGAAGUCUACGAUAUGCAGAUAGAGAAAGUUAUAAGGGAUCGUUACCCUACCAAAGUUGUACAAGCUCACAAAAGACUCGAUCCCAACAGAAAGUGGGCUGUAAAAGUGUGUUACAAACAUGAUACAGAGAAAGGGAUUUCGGCGGAACGUCAGUUCUUAACAGAAGUUGGACUACUGGCAGAGCUCAAACAUCCCUUCAUCAUGUGCUUGGACACCGUGGCAUCAUUUCCCAAUUACUUCUGCUUCGUCAUGCCAUUCUACGAGCAGGGCACGCUGACCAAGGCUCUCCCAACGAUGACACAGUUGUUGAGAGAUGAAUGGCUGGUGCAGCUUUGCUGUGGAAUCAAGUUUCUUCACGACAGAGGAGUCGCUCACAGAGACCUGAAAUCUGACAACAUUUUAAUCACCAACCAAAAGAAUGUGGUCAUUGCUGAUUUUGGAUUAGCUGAUUACGUCUUGCCAUCUGAGCCUUUAGUUACCGGGAGAAAAGGAACACUCUUGCAUAUCUCCCCUGAGCAGGACAAUGAGACAUUUAACUGUUUCCAAUGCGAUAUGUACUCACUUGGAGUAGUCUACUGGUGCAUGAUGUACAUGGUAGAUGUCAUAGACCUGAAGCCUAAAGAGCCACUACUCACGAUAGCUUCACGAACAUUCAUUCCAGAGAUCGACAGAUACAUUCUGUCAUGUCUUUUGGAAGCUGAUCCUACCAAGAGGUUUUCAGUCCUGAGUCUCCUCCAUUUACUGAACUACUCAGAACGCUUUAUAUUGGUUUACUGUAACUGUCAAGAGAUGUGUUUCUUUGUUCAAGUCUCAGAGUUCAAACAAGAUUUUGUGAUGAUAGCUGUUCCUAAAAAUUUGGGCACUAUAAAUAUGUAA